AUGGCUCCGGACCAUACGAGCUCGAAAGUGAAACCUCUGCUGAACCCAGAUCUUUACAAAAUUGGCAUCAUCUGCGCGUUGGGAAAAGAAACCAAUGCCGUUCAGGCUUCCUUUGAUCAUUUCUUCCUAGAACCAGACGAGCGUCCGAAAACAGUUCAGGGUGAUAACAACAGUUACAGUUUCGGAACAAUUUGCGGUCAUCAUGUUGUGCUCGCAGGAAUAGGUGGAGUCGGGAACGUGCAAGCUACGGAUGUAGCGAAAGAUAUGGAUCGCAGUUUCCAACACCUUGGACUCUGUCUUGUGGUUGGUAUAUGCGGUAUUGCACCCAAAAUUGGUGAGAAAGACAUGUUCUUAGGGGACAUUGUCAUGAGCAACGAGGUCAUAUAUUACACCAAAGAGAAACUCCAUCCCACUGGCCACAAGACUGAGAAUAUGUUGGCGAAAGCCCCAAAAGCCGUCACUCGAGGGUUUGAACAGCUCUCCUCACACCAGCCAUGA